CCUUACGCGUUAUUCUCUAUGGAUGAGCUUGCUGGAAUUAGUUUACUCGUUGUUCCAUUACAGAUUAUGAAGUGAUUGUUUUGCUGUAAUUAUCCGUUCUUGCUGGUUCUUUUACGUUGUUUUUCUGCUUUAUUGCUAGUUACAGUGCUGGAUUUAGGGUUUUUAACAUUUUCUGGUCCUGUUUUUGGGGCUUUAGAUUGUGGAUGUCCUAUUUCAUCUGUUGAGUGUUUAAAUGAUCGAGAAAAAGUUUGAGGAGUUUGAGAUUUGAGGUUUUUUUUUUUUAUACGUAAUGGUGGAGAUGUGAGAUUGUUUCCAAAUUUGGGGAAAAUGGAUUCAUUCAAAGGAUUGGGAAUUGUGUUGAGCUUUGUUUUUGGAUUCCUUCUGUUUGCUCUCUUUGCAGAGCUUUUCUAUUUUCUUUGGUGGAAGAAAAGAAGAUUCACUUCAGAAGAUGAAGAUAAAUUCACCAAAUAUGUAAAGAAAUUCUUUCGCCAUAUUUGUUUGAAUUGGAAAAGGAAUUCUUCUUCUUCUUCUUCUUUUUCUUCUCCUCUGCAAUUCAACGAUUCCAGAGGAAAUCAAUUGAAUUCAGAGCUGAGAAAUCAAGAAUCUGAGAUUGAAAAUGGCUGCAACAAGGAUUUGUUGUUGUUGAAGUCAGGUGGAGGAGAUGGGGCGGCGGGGGCGUUAGAUCCGGCGAGGCUGUAUAAUCUUUUAGGGCCACCGAGCUUUCUUUGUUCCAUUAAAGAGGAAACCAAAGAAGAUUUAGAGUCUGAAGAUAGAAGUAGGAAGGGAUCGAGAGCAAGAAGCUUAAGUGAUAUGUCUCAUUUUGUGUCCCCUUUGCCUUCUCCUCCAUUGAAAGCACCAUGUCCAUUAAACCCUUUCAGUUCUUUCAAACACCCUGAAUUCAAUAUAAACACUGUGACUCUCUUUGAAUCAUCAGCAGAAUUAGAUUUGAACAUGGGUUUACCUUCAUCUCCUUCAAAAUUUAGGUUCCUAAGGGAGGCAGAAGAGAAACUGUACAGAAGAUUAACUGAAGAAGCUCUGCAUAAGGCCUGUAAAAAUGGUGGGUCAGCUCAGGAUUCUGAAACUAAAGCCAUUUCCAAUCCCAAAAUGAUAGUUGUAGACGACAACGAUAACGACAACAACCGGUUUUGGUGUACAAAUGAGAAAAAGCCUCAAUAUCAUCACAUGUCACAGUGUUCUUCAAGUUCUUCACAGGUUCUUCCUCUAGCUUCUUCUCCUUCAGGGCAUAGAUUUGAUAAUGUUUCAUUACAUAGGUCUUAA